GAGAGAGGGCCUCGCCUUGUUGAGACAGCGCGUAUGCCCACGGCUCUACGAGAGCGUUAAGAGACAGCAAUUGCGGCAAUGGUCUGACUGAUACACUCCCAUGGCCAUGAGCUGAUUUCGUGUGGAAGUCUUAGCUCUAUUUGUAUAUUUAUGACCGGUUGUUGGCACGUUGUCUCUCCUUAGUUUGUCAAACUACUCAAAGGCAAAGCCUUUAUCCUUUUUCAGUUUUCUUGUCGAUCUUCCACCACUCAAACUUAAAAACCCAGAAUUUCUAGUGCCUUCAAAAUAUCCCAGGAAGCAGAUCCUUGUUGGAUUCUUGGGUUAUCCUGAAUCCUGAUGCUACGCCAUUAGAACUCUGAAGGGCGCAACUUUAUUUCACUUUUACCAGCAAUGGUCUCGCUUUCGCAGUCAACUACCUUCCUCCUCAUCAUUUUCUUCUUUAUAUUCAUUCUCAUUCCGAUCACACAAGCUAUUCCUUUCAUCGUAUUGCACGGUAUUAGUGAUAAAUGCAGCAACCGAGGAAUUACUCAAUUCACUGAGCUUUUAAGUGACUGGUCUGAUUCUCAAGGCUACUGUGUGGAAAUUGGAGAUGGAGCAUGGGAUUCAUGGACUAUGCCCCUUUUGGAACAGACAUCAAUUGCUUGUGAGAAGGUGAAGAAUAUGACUGAACUUAGCGAGGGUUACAACAUAGUUGGACUCUCUCAGGGUAACAUGAUUGGUCGAGGGAUUAUUGAAUUUUGUGAUGGAGGACCCCCUGUCAAGAAUUUCAUAUCAUUGGCAGGGCCCCAUGCUGGUACUGCUUCAAUUCCUUUCUGCGGAUCUGCUCUGAUAUGCAUACUUCUUGAUAGCUUAAUCAAGUCGGAAAUCUAUAGUAACUAUGUCCAGGAACACUUGGCUCCCAGUGGUUAUCUUAAAAUUCCUACAGACUUGACUGACUAUCUCAAAGGAUGUAGAUUCCUCCCAAAACUCAACAAUGAACUCAACGGUACGAGAAAUUCCACUUACAAGGAACGGUUUGCCAGUUUACAGAAUCUGGUCCUUAUCAUGUUCGAGGAUGAUACAGUUUUGAUACCUAAGGAAACAUCCUGGUUUGGUUAUUAUCCGGAUGGGUCCUUUGAUUCUGUAUUACCUGCUCAAGAGACCAAGCUCUACAAGGAAGAUUGGAUCGGUUUGAAAACCCUAGAUGAAGCUGGAAGAGUUAAAUUCAUAAAUGUGUCGGGUAACCACCUGCAAAUCUCAAAAAGUGACAUGAAGAAGUACAUAGUACCAUACUUGGAGGACCAAGCAUCAACAGAGCAGACAGUGACACAAUCUUCAUCUUACCAAUGGCUUUCAGGACUCUGGUACUCAUUUAAGGGUCUAAUUGGCCUCAAUGAGGAUCAACCUUUGCUGCAUAUCAUGUACUAAACCAACCCAGUGCUAUUGUUUUGCCUGAAUAAGAUGAAGUGAAAUACAGUAGGGGUCUAUUCUAUCCACAUUGCUCUUGAUUUUAACCCUGACCACUAUUAUUUCAACUGGAAUUUGUCCAAUCAGAAUUUGAUAUUCUGAUGUGUGACAAAUGUAAGCUUAGUAUA